AUGUCGCAAGAGCCAGUGGAAGAGGUGGAUGGGGAGGACAGGAAACGGGACAAGGUCGCCGAGUUUCUCAAGAAGAACCUGACCAAGGGCGAGCUAGCACUGAAGCGCGCCGCCGGCCUCGGCCAGCAGCCCAAUGUCGUGCCUGUCACGGAACCACGCGUCGACGGCGAAUCGCGUCCCGUGGAGGUAGCAUGGCACCCUGUCGGCGGGUUCGCCGGCAAGUGGUUCGCCGAGGACACGGGCCUGGGCAAGAUGAUCACGGACAAGAUCAACUCGUACCCGGAUCCUACGCAGCACUGGGCCGUACUCGUAGGCGAAUUUGCGCAUCAGCUGUGGAUGGAUGAGAAUUUCCAUGUCAUUUACACGAAUGAAAAGGUCACCAGAGAGGGGUGGCGCACAUUCAAAGUCGGCCAGACACGCUUCAACGACGACGCUGUCCGCCGCGCCGGUGAGUCCUUUUCGCCCCUCACCUACGCCCUCGAGCUGCUCGACGCCAUCAAGGUCAGCGGCAGCAAGGAGUUCGGCACCACGCUGGCCGUCUACGACAGGCUCUUCGGCGAAGGCGCUGUCAAAGACCUGUUCAUCCAGGACCAGCCGCCGCCAGCUCAGAUUGAGGGCGUGCCGCCGCCGCCCCAGCGGACCGAUACCGUCUCGCUCGCGCAGCAGGUCAUGAACGACAACACGAAUCAGCUGGACACGAAGCAGGAGAUGGACAGGCUCGACAUGCAGCGCGAUGGCACGCAGAGCCCGGACUAUGUCAACGACAGCGCCAGCGGAUCUCGGGAAAUCCUUGACGAUGGCGACCCAAAGAAAAAGAAGAAGAAGAAGACGAAUUCUUUCCUGUCACGAUUCAUGCCAGGCAAGUCGAGCGACUAG